AGUGUCGUCUUGUUUCCGGACGAGUUUAUUUAGCUGGCGCUACAGCUAGCAACCUCAGAAUCCCAGCCGUUGUUUAGCAUAAUUUAUCUUAAAACAUUUUAUACGCAUUCAUCUAAACUUGGACAUUUUAUUGGCAUCGAAUCUUUUGGCCUGCUUCCUUCGCGACUCUCACAAUAUUCUAAGAUGUCCAACCUGACGGGGCAUUAGCUAAAGAACGAGCCAGCAUCACUCAUCACAGCGGUUGGAUCUGCCUCGACGCGCCGUCUUGUCGACAGCCAGCUCCUCGUAUCAUUCUUCCCGGAGAUCAUUAUUCCCCUGUGAGCUCUCUGGGGAGUCGAGAUGGACAAAGAGGAAUCCAGCGUGGAGUCCAAGGAGUGUUGUACUCGCUCUGAGCUGGUGUCUGAGGAUGGGAAGAACCUCAAGUCGGUUCUGUGUCAGCGCUGCGGGUCCAAGGUCCUUUGUCCAGGAAUGGCCGUUUAUUCGGAGAAAGAGCUGUUCCUGCCCCCCAUGAGGAACAAGAAGGCCCUGAGUCUGACGGAGGGCUCCGGGGACAACCUCUCAGCACACUGGCUGGUGGACGACAUGUACACGUUCGAGAACGUGGGCUUCACCAACGACGUCGGACGCAUCAAGUAUCUCAUCUGUGCAGAUUGUGAGAUCGGACCCAUCGGUUGGCAUUGUUUGGAUGACAAAAAGAGUUAUUAUGUUGCAGUGGAAAGGGUUGAUCAUGCCUAGUCUGAUUUGGAGACAGCCUGUACCCCCAACCGCGGUUUGAACAACAGCCCAGUUCCCGUUCACUUCUACCGACAUGCCCUGGUCCAUUACUUUACUGCCCUCUGCUGUGGCCUAUCAAGAGUGAUGUGCUUAACUUCUUAUAAAGUAUUCAAUGCGGCUAGUGGCAACUUGCAUUUGAAAUUGUGGAUGGAUAAUUGGAUGGUUGAAUAUCCACAGCCAAUCAUGUUGUGUUGAACUCCAAACCUCUGAAUAAUCCUCGUUAUGUUUAUAUUAUGUUUUUUAACCUUUCAAAACUAUAAAGUGACGAAUGCAACACAGAAGAAAAUGUAACUAUGCUGCAAUUAAAAUUCUAUCAAAAGCCCUGA